AGCCUCUGGUCUUUGCCUCAUCCCAGACAAUCCAUCUUGCUGGCUUCGUGGAACACUCAGACUGCGCCGUAGACAUCAACAAAGGCACCGACAUCGAUUUCGCUGCAUUGGGAGGCUGCGUGGGAGAGUCCAUAAGCCCUCCACUGGUCCCCGACAGCAGCGGCGGGUGUUAGCUUGCGACUCUAGCGUCAUUCCCCUCUUCCCGCUCCGAUUUCUAAUCCGAGCCCUUGUUUUAUUGAUUCUUUUUCUGGUCGCUCAAAGGCACAAACUGCAACAGUCAACGGCUACAGUUUCAAUUGUAAAGUAGUCGUCUUCAUCAGUGUCGUCAACAUGUCGCCCUCUAUUCUCAUGGACACCUCGGACGAUUUCGUCUUGCCGGUUUCCAAGGCGCCGCAGGCGUCCAAACGAACCCUCCUGCUCUCGCCACCCUCUCUGUCAUCCCACCAAGAGAAAUUGACCAAUGUGCUGGAGAUGCACAACAGAGCAGCCACAGACAUGCAAAUGUUGGACAGACUAGCUGCUGGCUUAGUCUCUCUCCCUCAGUCCACUUAUGAUGUGAUCAUCAUCCUCUCCGAUGCCGAUGGUUCUCGUCGGGAAUCGCACACUCUCCUCCACCGAGACGUACUGGGAUUGCUGGUGAAAGCACUCAAGAAUGGAGGCCAGUUACGAAGCCAGGACGGUCAAUAUGGGAAUUUGGAUGGCGCGGAAAAGAACGAGGCUAUUCUGGCAGGACUAUCUUUUCAGCCUGGAACAGGUUUUGUCAAACCAGAUUACGGAGCACAAGAGUCAGUUCCUCUGAAAUUUGGAAAGAAAAAGACUGCGCAGGCUGCUGGCGGGCUCAGCACCAACGGAGAUUCAGUCUCUCUGCCCUUGAACGGAAAACGAAAGAGUGCCGAAAAUGCGCUUGAUGGUGUUGGGUUUGACGAUGGUACAAUGGACUCUGAUGAUGAAAUGAUUGACGAGGAUGAGUUGCUGGACGAGGACGAUCUCAAAAGACCCAUCAAGAUCCCCACCGAAUGCAAACCCAAGGCAAAGAGGCGCCGGGCGUGCAAGGAUUGUACUUGUGGUCUAGCAGAAAAGCUGGAAGCAGAGGAUCGGGCACGAAGAGAAAAUGCCGACAAGGCAUUGAACACAAUGAAGCUACAAUCCGAUGAUCUCGCCGAGGUUGAUUUUACAGUUCAAGGCAAGGUUGGGAGUUGUGGAAACUGCAGUCUUGGAGAUGCAUUCCGAUGCGAUGGCUGUCCUUAUAUCGGACUCCCUGCAUUCAAACCUGGAGAAGAGGUCCGUCUGCUAAACAACGACAUUCAAUUGUAAAGAAAGUUGCCUCAUCUUUUCUUUUUGCAUUGCGACGGCGUCCCGGGCUGGGUUCAGAGAGAACCAUUAUAUGGAUGAACAAGAACAAUGUACAGGACAGGACAGGAUAGAGUUGGUUCAAUGACUGGUUAUGAACUAUGGAGCAGAGAAUGUACACAGCAACUCGGCAGACUAUACCAAGUUCUGCUGACUUGACUAGGGUUCCACAUGGGUAAUCAAUAUUAGAUACAAAUCAAAAUCAUCUAUUUUACACUACACA